GUGGCCACUGGGCAGAGACCCUGAGCAGAGCCUUGCUGGGCCAGGUCAUGGCAGCCCUGUGGGCUGAGGGACAGUUGGGGUCUGACUUAGCCUUGCUGUUGGAGGGAUGGCCGCACUGGGGAACACAGGAUGGGGGCAGAGAUGCGGGUGGAUAAGGCAGGGGGCUAGAAUAGGGCCACAUGGUGGAAGCCACAGCUGACUCACCCUAUGUGAUGCUAUCAGCCUACCUGUCAGUCAAAUAGCCUUUUCUAGGAUGUCUCUCUUGACCUGGGCCCUGGGGGAGGCACCACCUAACCACCCCCUCUCCAACCUCAAAAGAGGCUGGCACUUGGGAGGGGCUCUCACUCGCUCUUUCUCUGCCCCCCCCCCCCAUCUUUUCCCUUCAUGGCCUCUAUUCCUGAGCAAUGCCCACCCAUGUGUGUGUUUCCCUCACCUUUUAAAUAAACUUUAUCAGUUUGUGCCUUACUUAGAAUGCUGGGCCUGGAUUAGGGAUUUAGACCCUACCUUGCCCACAGCACCCAACAGGCGCUGCCUCAGGCACACCCUCCCCACUUGACCGUGAGGCCCCACAGCUGGGGCUCACAGCCCAGAAACUGCUGUGUGACGCCGUCCAACCAAAGGUCCUGGGAACUGGAUCUGGCCCCGGUUCUGCCACCCUGGUGGUGAGGAGGCCGCACUGGGAAGUGGGUGCCUCCCGAGCUCACACAGCAGCCUGGUACAAGUCAAAAUGAAUCCCUGGAAACUCCCACCGAGAGCCCGACCUCCAUGGUCUGAUUAAAGAUGAGUGGCCCUGGGCGUCCCAGCCUGCUGAUAUCCGUUUCCCUCCCGGUGCAGACUCUCAGGGUCCGGGUGUCCAUCUGAGGUUUCUGCCCCGGCCCUUGGGAGAGGUCCCCUCCCCACAAGAGUGCUGCCUCCCCAGGAGACGUUCUGCUGCACCGUAGGGAAUUCCAGCCCCCCACGGAAGGACACAUGUUCCAGGGACGGCCGCGUGGGCAGGGGCAGUGUGCCCACUGGUUAGUGCGGCUCUGGGCCUCAAGUUUCAUAGAGACCCCAGGGGCAGAGCUUGUCAUGUGUUUUGCACAGGAGACACAUGGCAAUCACUGGGCAGGGCAGGGCAGGGCACAUACUUGGUCACAGAGACCCCAUGCGGCGGCAGGGAGGGGCGGCCGGCACCACACGCCUGUCGUGUGAGCCAGUCCCACUGAGUGUUCACGCCCAGAGCGGCAGAUGUGUCUUGUUUACAGACACGGGCUCCCUCCUGGAGACGGCUGGGCACAGCCCUGACUCUGACCGUUUGCUUAGAACUUUGGCCUCCCCUCUCCUCGCCAGCUUGCUGGCGGCUUUACUUUGUAAACCGUGGCUGGUGCGCAGUGCACCGUGGCCUGGGCUGAGCUGCAAGCCGGAGCUGGCCCUGCCGCACUGCUCGCUGGGCCUUUCUCGUCCCGCUGGCCAUGUGUCCUCUCCUAUAGACGUGGCUUUUUCAGCUCCAAGGUCUGGGAGAGCCGGGCUCCUCACCGUCACCCAUUUGAGCUUUAGAGAGUCACUUAUGCGAAAUGUCAAGACCCUCUCUACAGAAAUCACCCCUUCCCCCAGGGCACAGGAGUGUGGGGAGCUCUUGCUCGGGCCCAGCCCAAGGGGCAGACAGCUGGGGAACACAGGGACCCUCAUCUCCCCCGGCAGCCUGCCGGUGCUGAUCCAAUCCAGGUUACAGACGUCUGCCUGCCUGCUGUCCCGCCCCCACCUCCCCGGCCCCAGCCACCCGCUCAUCAACUGCCCUCUCCCAGGCGUUGGCAGAGUUCUCGCUCUGGCUUCCCCUUGCUGGAAUCCUGUGCUCCUGUGCACCCUGUAAAGCCCAGUGUUGAAGCCCAGCGCACACAGGAAGCUCCCCCGGUGAGCUCCUGGAGUCCAGCUGUGACUGUGCCUGACCUCACGUGGGGCCCCCUGCCCUGUCCCUCCACCCCACUUUGCCUCCUUUUCUCCCCACUCAGAAGCUUUCUUGGCAUCAAAUGCCCAUCCGAAAGCCCCGCCCCUCCAGGCACAGCCCUGCUGUGGGAAUGCAGACCCUUUUCCUUGCAAUCCUGCUCCUCCACGUGUGUGCCCUUGCCUCUCCGUGGGGGAGGACGUGGGGUGGGACCUCCCCGGGACAGCAGAUACGAGGCCUCUCUGGGAGUGCCGCAGGGGCACUGGGAGUGGCUGGGGCACCCACAGGGCACAGUCCUCUGCGGCUCUGGGUCCAGGAGCCAAGUUGUUAUCAGCGUGAGGUGAGUGUACCUGUGUCUGCUCUGGGCCUGACAGUUGGGACUCCAGCUAGUUAGUCACCCACCAAGCCACUAGCAUCGCUGUUCUGUUUGAUGCAUGCCGGGUGUGGCGAGGGCGAAGGAGCUUAGAGCCGGGUGCAGCCCCUGCUGGUGGCUAUCACAAUCCUGACCAGGGCCCUUGUGAGGAGACAGACCCAGCCUCCCUGGACUCACACCCAUCUCAAGAGGGGUCCGGGUAGGAUGGAGGUGCUGGGGGUGGUGGGUGCUGGAAGCUCUCACCAGAACACACAGUGGGCCAAAUGACCCAAAGCACUGUGAGGCACACCCAUCCCUCGUUUUUGCUGCCAGACUGAGGACCGCCCGAGGCCCUGGGGUGCACAGCCAGGGAUGCUGGGGCCGGGGGGCCAGCCAGGGUGGCUGUGUCCUGCUCCGUGGUCCCAGUGCUCCUUGGCUCUGGACACUGAGUCGAUGCAGCUUCCUGGUUCUGUCUUAAGCUUGGCCUCCCCCAGCGUCAGGACAGAUGGAGGCCUCCAGGUGGUUCUCGCCUGCGAGGGGCCAGGCCUGUUUCCUUCAAAGGAGCCUCUGCCUCAUGGGGGAGGCCGGGCAGACUGGGCUCAGCCACAUCCCCGUCCCCAUGUUCUCCUGGGUGUGCAUCAGGGCGCCCAUGGCCCACCCCCUUCUCCCAUCACAGAGGCAAUGGGGGAAUGUGAGCAGGCGACCGAGUUCUGGCCAACAAGACGCAAGUGGGGGUUUGCUCUGGGGAUUCUCAUUUGUGACUGGCCUCGUUGCUUCUCCCUUGCUGCUGAUCCAGAUGUGAGUGUGAUGUCUGGAGCUCGGUGGCCAUCUGUGACUGGGAGCCAGCAGCAUCUCGUCGUGCUGGGCUUACACCUGCAAGAAUCAGCAGCGAGAGGAGUGGGUGUGGGUUGAGGCUGGGCUGAGGCAGAAGUGGGCAAGGUGAGUGGGAGGCUAGAGUGGUCACGCCCGGGCUGCAGAGGGAGGUCAGAGGCCCCAUCUGUACCGGUGGUGACCGUGAUGUCCUGGGGAAGCCCGAUGGACGGGGGGAACUGACUUGGUCUGGAGAUAGAAACUUGGGACAGCCCCCUUUUGCCAAGAUUAGAGGGGCUUCCUCUCCCUCUAUCAGGUCCCCCUCUGCCGAAGUGCACGGUGGCCUCCGGGGUGGCACAGAUCCCAGCAAAGAGGGUCCUGGCGCCUCCCGUGUGAUCUUUGCCCAGUGAGAGGGCCUUGGCUAGUGGCAGGCAGGCCUGGCUACUGGUGGGGCCCCUUUGCUGCCACGUGUCGACAUGAGCUUUGUCCAGGGAUAGGAGGGCUGGAAGUCCCCGCCUGAUCUGAACCCUGAGUUCAGGUGCUGCUGGCUGCGCUGCACCUGCAGAUUUCCUGGGACCAGGCCUGGCCCCUGCUGUGGGCUCCUCCCUUCUUGCGUGUGUGUGUGUGUGGGGUGAUCCUUGCCCCUGGUGCUUGCCUCUGUCUUGGUGUAGCGGAGACCUCAGGUGGGGCGGCCGGAGCAGCAGGAAUAUAACCUUCACAUCUACACUGGCUGAGGGGUCAGCAUGAACGGCACCUGGUCCCUGCAGAUUGUGCUCCUCCUCCUGGUCCUGGCUGUGUUCCUGCUGGUGGGCUUCCUGCACAUGGACGUGGAGCUGCUCCUGCCCCUGCUCAGUGGCCAGGCUGAGGGUCCUCCGGUCACCAACGUCAUGUUCCUCAAGACCCACAAGACGGCCAGCAGCACCGUCCUCAACAUCCUGUACCGCUUUGCUGAGAAGCACAACCUGUCCACUGCACUGCCUGCCGGCGGCCGCGUCCACCUGGGCUACCCCUGGCUCUUCCUGGCGCGCUACGUGGAGGGUGCGGAGGAGGGCGGCCCCGGCACUCCGCGGCGCUUCAACAUCAUGUGCAACCACCUGAGGUUUAACCUCCCUGAGGUGCAGAAGGUCAUGCCGGAGGACACCUUCUACUUCUCCAUCCUCAGAGACCCGGGCUUCCAGCUGGAGUCCUCCUUCACCUACUACAAGGGCUACGUGCCCGCCUUCCGCCACGUCAAGACGCUGCAGGCGUUCCUGGAGUCGCCCGAGCGCUUCUACAACGACAGCCUGGUGGUGAGGAACGCGUACGCGCGCAACAACAUGUGGUUCGACCUGGGCUUCGACAACAACGCGCCGCCCGAGGAGGGCUACGUGCGCGCGCGCAUCGCCGACGUGGAGCAGCGCUUCCAGCUCAUGCUCAUCGCGGAGCACUUCGACGAGUCCGUGGUGCUGCUGCGGCACCUGCUGCGCUGGAGCCUGGACGACGUGGUGGCUUUCAGGCUCAACUUGCGCAGCACGCGCACCGUGGCACACCUGCCGCCCGAGAGCCGCGAGCUGGCCCGGCGCUGGUGCGCGCUCGACUGGCGCCUGUACGACCACUUUAACCGCACGCUGUGGGCGCGGCUGCACACCGAGCUGGGCCCGCGCCGCCUGCGCGCCGACGUGGCCAGGCUGCGCGCUCGGCGCCAGGAGCUCACUGAGCUGUGCCUGCAGGACGGCGCUCCGCAGAACCAGGCGCAGAUCACCGACCGGCUCCUGCGCCCCUUCCAGUCGGGCCAGGCCGACAUCCUGGGCUAUAACCUCAGGCCGGGGCUGGACAACGCCACGCUGCGCAUGUGCCGGAGGAUGGUGAUGCCGGAGCUCCAGUACAUGGCGUAUCUGUACGCCCGGCAGUUCCCGGAGAAGCCCCGCAAGGCCAUCCCCCUCCUGGAAGAGUAGCCCACACCCGCGCCCCUCUCCCAGGCCUCCCCGAACACCACUGGGCGGGGUGAAGAUGAGGGACAGGAGAAGAGGCUCGCCCUUCUCGGAGAGGGCCCUAGGUCUGGGACCCCGGGCCCUGCUGGCCACAGACACGGCUUG